AUGUUCUCCUUGUUCCCUCGUCCACCUAAACCCAAAGCCUUGCAUGGAGAAAACCCUGUCGAGAAUUCUGUGGACGUUAGAUCCUUAGUAAAAGGAGAGAUAUAUCCAGACGUAAGGAGUGCAUCAGAGCUAGAUCUCUCUGGAGUUAAAUUCACCAAGUGUAGUAAGAAACUGAGUUACUUGACAGAUAUAACGUUUCACGAUGGGGUUUUGUCUGUCCCAACUGUGGUCCUUCUUGACUCAACGGCCUCCUUGUUCUGGAAUCUAUUGGCGUUGGAGCAGUACUCGGAUUUUAAGGAUGAUUACGGGUGCGUCUUCAUAUCCUACGUUAGUUUCAUGGACAAUCUCAUAUGCAAUAAUAAGGAUGUGGAGAUAUUCACGAGGAACAACAUCUUCUUGUCGUGGGUAAAUGAUGACAAGGAGUUUCUAUUGCUCUUUAACCGUCUGGCUUUGGCUGCCGACAUGAAUGGUGUAAAUGAAUUCUCCUUUAUUUCUCGUGAACUCGAAAGAUACUGCGGAAGCAACAUCCAUCCACUUCGAGCUUAUAUAGUGCGCAACUAUUUUGAGGCAAGAUGGGAUUUGAUGAACUCCGUGAUGCUCUUUAUUUUUACAGUUACUCAGACUGUUUUCGCCAUCCUUGACUAUAAUCGAAAAGGUAAAAACUGA